AUGAGAGCCUUCGCCAUCGCCACUGGGCUCCUUAGCCUGGUCUCUGCUGCUGUCGCAAGCUCCGACAAGACCUCAAAGGUUGACACCACCACCUUCCAGCCGCCCCCAGUCUUCAAGAAUGCCAAUCUCGUCCACAUCAUCUCACUUGAGAAGAACUAUGUCAAGGAGCAGAUUAACGUUCUGAUCGAAAAUGUCGAUAAGGAGCCCCAGAGCGAGUACUACCUGCCGUUUACUGCGGAUCAGAUGUCGAGAUUGGGUGGCUUCGAGGUGAAGGACAGGAAAAAUGAUGAGGCGGGUCCUUUCACAGUCGAGCUUGUCGAGGUCGACCCUAGCAGCGACCUCCAGUACUUCCGCAUCAACCUACCUGCCCCGCUCAAGGCAGGCGGCCAACAGACCCUCGGCAUCUCCUACUACUCGCUCAAGUCCUACACUCCUCUUCCUGCUGCGAUCAGCCAGGAGGAACAGCAGUAUCUGGUCUAUGAUUUCUCCGUCUACUGCCCUUCGGCCUACCCCACCACCAAGCAGAAGACCGAACUCAAGAGCCACUCGGCCAACAUUCCCGAUUACACCAAGCUGCCCGGCACUGGCGAUGUCGCCGAACUCCCCAAGAAGGACGGCGCCAAGCUCACAUAUGGUCCCUUCGACGCGAAGCCCGCUGGAGCGGUGUCGCCCGCCUCGGUGCGCUUCGAGUUUACCAAGCCCGUGAGCCACGUCUCCAACCUGGACCGCGAUAUCGAGGUCAGCCACUGGGGCGGUAACGUCGCCUUCGAGGAGCGCUACACUCUGUUCCACCGUGGCGCCAACCUGUCGAGCCCCUUCAGCCGCGUCAAGUGGGCGCAAUCUCAGUACUUCAACCCGACAUCCUUCGCCCUUAAGGAGCUGAGGUUCCCGCUGAAGGCCGGCAGCGAGCAACCCUACUACACCGAUGUCAUUGGCAACGUCUCGACCUCCAAGUUCCGCAGCAGUAAGCGUGAAGCUCUCCUGGAGGCCAAGCCCCGGUACCCCAUCUUCGGCGGCUGGAGGUACCCCUUCACCGUCGGUUGGAACUCGGAUGCCAAGAAUUUCCUGCGAAAUGCUGCUGGCGGCGGUUACGUCCUGAACGUCCCCUUCCUCGAGGGUCCUAAGCAGCCCGAGGGUGUCGAAUAUGGUCAGAUCAACGUGCGCAUCCUGCUUCCCGAGGGCGCUGAGAAUGUCAAGAUUUGGACUGAUGUGCCCGAAACUUCCAUCACUGAGGCAUCUGUUGACGUGUUCAAGACAUUCCUCGACACCGUGGGCCGCACCUCGGUUACACUCAAGGCGCGUAACUUGGUGGACGAGUUCAGGGACCGUGAGAUCUACGUGUCGUACGACUACUCGAUCACCGCGGCGCUGCGCAAGCCCCUCGUCGUUUUCGGCAGCAUGGUCGCCGUGUUUGUGGGUGCCUGGGCCAUCGGGACGCUUGACUUUGCUUUCUCGACCAAAAAGGUGGCAUAG